CUGGGCAGGCUGGAGGCCGCGCGGAGCGCACAAGCCAUGGAGGACUCGGACGACGAGGAGGAGGUGACGGCGGCCACGCUGCGGGGCAGGACGCGCCCGCCGCCCCUCGCCGCGCUCUCGGCCUUCAGCUACAUCCCGCCGCGGCGCCAGGACCCCAAGGAGCACAGUUACUACUCCCGCCAGGGCCAGCCAGGGGUUGUCUCCCUCUAUGACAGUCUGUUCAAGAUAGAGCUGGGCUACAACCAGCGCCUGCACCGGGAUGACAGGGCGCACGCCAAGAGCCUGGGGCUGCACGUGAAUGACGAGGAGAAGGAGCGCACGGUGGGGGUGCUGUCCUCGACCGUCUAUGGGCAGCGCAUCAACCAGCUCCUGGAGCCGCCGAACCGCGACUACCGGCGCAUCAAGCACACCAAGGCCGACUUCCACCGCAAAAACGAGAUCCCGGGCCUGCGGGAACCGGGCUUCGGCCACGUGUCCCCGGCCUGAGCGCCUGC